CAGCAGUAUGUUGAGGCAUUGGGGGUUUGCUGUGUUCCUGUUAACCGUCCCAAUAUCUGUCCAACCCAGACCCACUAAUGCUCUCAGCAACAGACAGCGACGUUCAGUCGGUCACGCACAGAUGAUGCAUGACAGAAGUCGAUCCAUGCAUGACCGGAAGAGGCGUAUGUGGAUACAGGAACUGCUUGAGCAGGUGCACACGGCGUGGGACGCCCCCAGUCAGAGCGAAGGAAGUGUCCAGACCCCGCUGUGGCCCACCGCCCACCGGCCCAAACCCAUGGGCAGCACCAAAAACUUCCCCUUGAGCUUUCUAAUGGAGACUACAGGGACGAGAGACGACCUACCGCAGGAGACCAGCAAGACCGUGAGAUACGAGGAGCAGCCGCUGAAAGCUGUGAUGAAGAGAAAGAGGAAGAUGAGUUCGGGAAGAUGGAGAGACCCGGAGAGAAGGAGAGACAGGGGGUGUGGCUUCCGUAUGCAAAUACGGAUUAGGGACCAAUCAAAGAGCCUGGAUAAGAAUGAAGGGGGACGGUCACACUGACAGCGAUUCGAAGUAACUCAGUCUGACAAAAUAGAGCAGGCUUUAUGCAAAUGAACAGUGACAGAAUGUGGUCGCACGAUUUGCGUUUUGAGACUUCAGGCGACCUCCAGUGAUUAAACUGCUGUCAGUGAAUGUACCUUUAAAAUGUAAAGUUUAAAAAAGACUAUUUCAUCAUGGCAUGGGAUAUGAGGACUGUUCUGCAACAAAACAAAAAAAUUGACUAAAUCACAGUUCAUUUUUUGUUCAAACUCUAAUCAAUUCUCCAUUUUAGAGCUUCAUUUGAUAAGUAGAAAGUGCUAUGUAUACAAACUCAUUUGCAUUUGUUAUAAUCAGAAUUCAUUGAUUUUAAAUAUAUUCUUUUAGUCAGACAUUUCAUGUAAUAUUUAAUUUAUUUGAUUGGAAUAUUUAUUCCCUGAAUGUAUCUCAAUGCUGCUGAUUUUGAUGAGAUUUUCAAAUGCACUUUAGAUAGUUAUGCUGGUCUACAUUAAGAGGUUUGGUAUUUUUCUACUUUUUUAAAUUUAUUAUCCUGCU